AUGGCUAGUGACGACUUUACCAUCGAGGCCUUCACGCUCCUCGCCCUCGCCAUUGUUGCCAUCGGCAUUCGCAUCGCCGCGCGAUGGAUCACUGCUGGACCGAGGAAUUUCCAGCUCGAUGACUUUCUAAUGCCCUUAGCGGGGGUGGUCUACGGGCUGGAAACGGGCGCCGCCUACUGCGUGGGCGCGUGGUGGAUGGGUAUGGCCAACAACGCCAUGACCGACGAGCAACGAGCCUCGCUGUCGCCCACUUCGGAAGAAUACCGUCUACGUGUGGGGGGCUCCAAGACCCAGGUUCUGGGAUGGUCGCUGUAUACCACCCUGCUGUGGUUGUUGAAGGCCUGCAUGGCGAUUUUCUACUCUCGAUUGACAUCCGGCCUGGUCAACAUGCAUCGUCGUGUACAGAUCGCCUACGUCCUCAUCGGAGCCACCUACAUCGCCGUCAUCUGCUCGAUUCUCUUCGGCUGCCAUCCUAUGCAAAAGAACUGGCAGAUAUACCCGGACCCGGGCAAUUAUUGCCAGCCGGCGGUGUCGCGCAUCGACGUCUACGUGACUGUUACGUUGAACGUCGCGACAGACGUGUACUUGAUUUCGAUCCCAACCCCGAUGCUCUUCAAAGCCCGUCUCCCCUGGCGCGAGAAACUCGAACUCCUUGUGCUCUUCAGCGGCGGAAUCUUCGUCAUGGCCGCGGGCAUUCUGCGCUGCGUGUUAAUCGUCACGGCCGGCGCAAACGGCGCCCAACAAGCCGGCAGCUGGGCCUGCCGCGAGACCUUCGUAGCCGUGAUCAUCGGCAACGCGCCCAUGAUCUAUCCACUCUGUCGCCGCAUCGCGCGCCGCGCAGGCUGGUACAUCAGCACCAAGGGCGUCAGCGCAAACAGCUACCCGCUGACGGACAGCGAGCUACCGGGAGCUCCGAACUCGAAGGGCACCAUGCUCAGCAGUAACCGGAAGCGGAGGUUUCGACAUCCGCUGUCGCUGCCGGAUACGCAGUACCAUGAUGAGCAGACGAUCCUGCCGAGGACGGAGGCGACGAUCUGUGAGGCCGGGACGUGGGAUGAGGAUAGCCGGGGCAGUCAGGAGGGGAUUAAGGUUGUUCGGGAGACGAUCGUGAGGAGUAGUAAAUAG